AGAGACCACUCCUAGUGCUGGUGUCCUAAGUGGCACACCGCCAGUCCUGCGAGUGAACGGUGCCCCGCAAUGCCGUGGAUCAGUAGACACGUGUAGGUGCCCCGGGACAUGGGGCACAGCCGGGUGGUGUGGCCAGCCGUGCUGCUGGCCCUCGCCCUCAAAUGGGCAGCUGCCGGGACCCCGGAUAAGUACAUGGGCGAUGUGAACAUAUCUGCCAUAUUGGACUCUUUCAGUGUUAGUUACGAUAAAAGAGUAAGACCCAACUACGGAGGCCCGCCCGUGGAGGUGGGAGUGACCAUGUAUGUGCUCAGUAUCAGCUCCGUCUCCGAAGUGCUGAUGGAUUUCACGCUCGACUUCUACUUCCGGCAAUUCUGGACGGACCCGAGACUGGCUUUCCGGAAAAGACCCGGUGUCGAACAACUCUCCGUCGGCUCGGAGUUCAUCAAGAACAUCUGGGUUCCCGACACCUUCUUCGUCAAUGAAAAGCAGUCGUAUUUUCACACGGCCACCACCUCGAACGAGUUCAUCCGUAUUCGUCAUUCAGGCACAAUAACUAGAAGUAUGCGGUUAACAAUAACAGCGUCAUGCCCAAUGAAUCUUCAGUAUUUCCCGAUGGACCGUCAGCUAUGUCAUAUAGAGAUCGAAAGUUUCGGUUACACCAUGCGAGAUAUCCGCUACAAGUGGAACGAGGGUCCGAAUUCUGUGGGAGUGUCGAACGAGGUGUCACUCCCCCAAUUUAAAGUGCUCGGUCACCGACAAAGGGCGAUGGAGAUCAGCCUUACCACAGGAAAUUAUUCGAGAUUGGCGUGCGAGAUCCAGUUUGUACGUUCCAUGGGUUACUACCUCAUACAGAUCUACAUCCCGUCCGGCCUUAUCGUCAUCAUCUCGUGGGUGAGCUUUUGGUUAAAUCGAAACGCGACACCCGCCCGUGUCGCUUUGGGUGUAACCACUGUGCUCACAAUGACCACACUAAUGUCUUCUACUAACGCAGCGUUACCCAAAAUUUCGUACGUCAAAUCGAUCGACGUGUACUUGGGAACCUGCUUCGUCAUGGUAUUUGCCAGCCUUCUAGAGUACGCAACAGUGGGUUACAUGGCUAAACGCAUUCAAAUGCGUAAAAACCGCUUCUUGGCUAUACAGAAGAUAGCGGAACAGAAAAAGCUUAACGUCGAUGGCCCAGAUGGUGAUCAUGCCCCUAAACAAACAGAGGUGCGGUUCAAAGUGCACGACCCCAAGGCUCAUAGUAAAGGGGGCACAUUGGAAAGUACAGUAAAUGGGGGAAGAGGCGGCGGGGGCCCUGACGAAGAAGCCGCCGCCCCCAUUCCACAACACAUCAUCCACCCGGGCAAAGACAUCAACAAGCUGUACGGCAUAACGCCCUCGGACAUUGAUAAAUAUUCGAGAAUCGUGUUUCCCGUGUGCUUCGUGUGCUUCAAUCUGAUGUAUUGGAUUAUCUACCUUCACAUCUCGGACGUGGUGGCGGAUGAUCUGGUGCUUCUUGGGGAGGACAAGUAGUCUGGGACAAUAAACACGAUUCUCGGACAAAAAAACGUAGGAAAGCGAGCCCCGAACGAACCGCAGCUACGCAAAUCCAAACUCAAAGAGCUCACCGUGCGGUAACAGAAAGGUGGAUCAAUAGAAUCUGAAGAAAAUCAUCGCUCGUAGGAAUUAAGAGCUGUGGAAGAAUAAGUGCCGCCGGUGAGACAUGAGACGUGUUCUGUACAUAGACCCCAAAUCGAAGUCCCUUAAUCGAACCACCCCCCGAGGAAUCGUAGAUUAUUCUCUUGUCAUCUCGAAUGCUCUCUCAAAUCGUUUUUAUUUCACUCGGUUUUUACGUUUUCCCUCUCAGAUAUUAUCGCGCACUAGAAAGAUCAUUCUAAGAAUAAAAAUUACGUUCACCAGGAAUAUUAUUAAUUGUUUUGUCAUUAUCUUUCGUUUUUGUUUCAUUUUUUCCAAAACAAAUCCCUUCAAUCUUAAACAAAAUUAUUGUUAUAAUUAAACAAUAAUAAUUGGGUGGAUGAUUGCACAGUUAGAGUAUUAAUAUAAACGUUGUCUCUUGACACAAGAUUACCCUUAAGGUGUGACACUGCCAAAAUGAAAGAAAGAAAGUUUAAAGAAUCGUAUUGUUAAAUAGGAACGUUUAAAAAAGUGUUUCCUCUUCAAAUUAAUAAAUCGUAUGGAUAGAUCUAGUUAUAGAUGCAAUAAAGUUAAUGAUAAAACAAUUAAAUCUUGAUGAAGAUUUGAUAAGACCCUGGUGAUAAAAAAGAAAACGUGAAUGAUCUUAGGACAAUUGAAAUCGACUAUACGGAAGUUCGUUUAGUUGUUGUGUAAAUAACGUUCCUGUAUUUUAUACUAUUCUCGCACAGACUAAAAACCAAAUAUUUAUAUACAUAAAUGAAGAGAAUAAACCUAGGGUAGUUUAUACGCACUCUCCUAAAAACCCCUAAUCGAGAUGAGCCUGUAGAAAAUAAAAGGGCACACCUCUUCAGGGAAACACGCAGCGGAAUA